AUGAAAAUGAUUUCAAAUAUCACAUUUGGCUGUUUAUCCGCGCUUGUACUUCUGAACUUGAUAGGAGCCAAACCCUUGUCCAACCUGCAGAGCGUGAUACGGCUUCUGGAGGAGGAAAGAAAUGUACCAUAUUACGUGUCGGAGGAGAGGGAGGUGGAUGGGAAAGAGUUGAAUACAGAGAAGGCAGCCUUCACGGCGGGAGUGGUGCGUCCUUGGUACUCCGACGACGCAAGGAAUUCCGCGCUGGCGGGAAAGGAGAAUGCAAUUGCGCGUCUUCUCAAUGACAUUCUGAAGACCUCCAAGCACCCUUGGAGCCGGUUCAAGAAGGGUGGACUGAGAAGCUGCUUCGGCGUCAGGCUAGAGAGAAUUGGGUCAUUCAGCGGGCUUGGAUGCUAA